AUGAGGAAACUUAAGAAUGAUGCAGGACGCAGUUUGAUACAGCCGACGGGCACCGUGGCCAUCACGUUCGCUUCUAAUGUUUUGCCAGACCACGCUUCAUGGUUGGCGGUUCGUGGUAAAUCAGUAUAUUACGCCAGUGACGAAGUGCUAAAACUGUCUGAGAUAAACGAAGACAGUGCGUCCCAAGAAAAAGGUGAGGGAAAAAAUUACAAAAAUGAGAACAGCCCUCAUUUGUCUUUAGAAAUAGAAGAGAUUUCGCAAAAUAUACAAGGAGGAAGUAGAACUUGUCCAAGAGAAAAUAAGUCUUCGCUGAAUGUACAAGAAGGAAACAGAACUCGUCCAAGAGAAAAUAAAUCUUCUCAAGAUUGUUGUAGAAAAGACAAAGGAGAGAUAAUUUGCCUCCAGAAAUCAAAACAUCAUGACGUCUAA